UUAGAAGAAAUGAGUCGGAGCGAGCAUUCGCUGCAGGCACUGUCUUGGAGGAAGCUGUAUUUAAGUAGAGCUAAACUUAAAGCUUCGAGCCGAACGUCAGCUCUCCUGUCAGGCUUUGCAAUGGUAGCAAUGGUGGAGGCGCAGCUGGACACAAACCACUGCCCCCCGGGGCUGCUGAUCGCUUUCAGCGCUUGCACCACGGUUCUGGUGGCCGUGCACCUGUUCGCCCUGAUGGUCAGCACCUGUAUCCUCCCCAACAUCGAGGCCAUCAGCAACGUGCACAACCUCAACUCCGUGAAGGAGUCCCCGCACGAACGCAUGCACCGGCACAUCGAGCUGGCUUGGGCUUUCUCCACGGUCAUCGGGACCCUGCUGUUCCUGGCCGAGGUGGUCCUGCUGUGCUGGGUGAAGUUCCUGCCCGUCAGACACGCGGGCACCAACGAAAACAGCACCAUCUCCGCGGGCACGGCCGCCGCCAUCACCUCCACCGCCAUCAUGGUGCCGUUCGGCCUGGUUUUCAUCGUUUUCGCCGUGCACUUCUACCGUUCCCUGGUGAGCCAUAAGACGGACAGGCAGUUCCAGGAGCUGGAGGAGCUGGAGGACCUGACCAGGCUGCAGAACGAGCUGGACCACAGAGGGGAGGCCACCAGUGUGCAACCCCCAGCCUCACAUUAUCCUUGA